AUGCGACGCUGCCUGCUCGCUGCAAUAUAUGCCCUGCCGUACGCGGCGGCGCGACUUCUACACUCACUGCCAGAGGAUCCGGCCGCGUUUCCAAAGUACAGAGUGGCCUUUCUAAACGCACUUCCCGUUCUAAAUCAGACCGCCGAGAAAUGGCUACGUGACGGCCUGCGCGGGGGAGAGCUGGAAUUCCUGGAUAGUCAAUGGAGUGAAGGAGAUGUAUCGGAGACAUACACGAGUCCGAAGGAAAUUGGGAGCGGCGACACGCAUGAGGAAUUCCAUACUUCUCGGCAUCAACCUUGGGACACCCCUUAUUCUCUUGAGCACAUGAAGAUCGGACCGCGAGACUCAUACAUCUGCUUCAUACCGAAACCUCUAGAAAUACCUCCAUCCGUUGACGACGAGGUUGAUUCUGACAUAACCACUCUACGCAGCUGGAGUCUCCUGCAACCGUUGGUCGGAACGUGUCUCUAUCAUCGACAAGGAUGGUUCACAUAUUCGUAUUGUCACAAUAAAGAAAUCCGUCAGUUCAAGGAACUCAUACAAGCCCAGCCUCAUGUAUCAGGCGGCUAUAAACCUGAAGAGGACCCCGAGUGGGAAUCUUAUACGUUAGGAAGAGCGCCUGCCAACCCAGAACCUGGUGCCGAUCUAACCGUGACAGAACAAAACGCUCUGGCAGCCAAUCUCGAGUUAGCCAAAGGUGCAGGCUCACGUUACCUUGUCCAAAAAUGGAGCGACGGCACCUUCUGCGAUAAGACAGGGAGGAAGCGAGAGGUAGAAGUCCAGUUCCACUGCUCGAUGACGAUGACCGAUACCAUUUUAUUCGUUAAAGAGACCAAGACGUGCUCAUAUAUUCUCGUCAUCAACACCCCGCGACUAUGUGGAGAGCCCGGCUUCCGUUCGCCGCGCGAUACACGAUCAGAGGCGCUCAUCCGCUGUCGAGCAGUAGUCGAUUCGCCCCAAGACUUCCCCGCCUUCGACAACAAACUUGCGGAGAGCGAUUACCCUUUCAAACUUCCUCGCCAGAAGCCAGUGCUCAGUCCACCCCCUACGGAACCCAAAGGCACCAAGAGCGAAGCUAAAGACCCCAAGGUCUCGCUCUCCACCGAACAGGUCGAUGAAAUGGUUCGCAAGGCCCUGCAAACCUUCGCCGACAAUAAGGCAGCCGGCAAAACGGACGAGCCUAACGUGCACAUCGAAUCCCUCGGAGAGGAUGGUGGCUUUGUCGUCGAAUUCUUGGAUGAAAUACCGUUGGAUAAUAUCAAUGAAGCCGACGAGCACAUUGACAGGAUAGCAGACAUCCUACGCGCUGCUGGUUUUAACAUCAAGGACACGGUGAUUUCGCAUAAGAAAGACAGCCAAGGCGCAGAGGAUGGGGAUGAAAGGAAAUCGAAAAAGAAGGCAGGUCGUGGUGAGGCAGAGCCCGACCCCUAUCGAGAUGAACUCUAG